AUAAAAUAUUUCGAGCGCGCCCCCACCCCUCCUCGCUCUGAGUGUCAGCCGCGCGCGCAGCUGUUGCCAUGGCCGGCGCCGUCGCCGUCAUCGUCGCCGCCGGCGAGACGCAGGUCCCCGACGACGUGGUGGACGAAAUCCUGGUCCGCCUCCCCUCCCGCUCCUCCCUGGCGCGCGCCGCCGCGGCGUGCUCCGCGUUCCGCGCGCUCGUGUCGUCGCCGCGCUUCCUCCGGCGCCACCGCGCGCGCCACGGGCCGUGCCCCGGCGCGCUCCUGGGCUCCUUCGCGUUCUCCUCCGAGGGCGGCGCCUUCCACCCCGCCGAGCCCCCCCACGCGUCCGCCGCCGCGGCGCGCGCCGUCGCGGCCGCCGCGGACUUCUCCUUCGCGUUCCUCCCGCCGUCGCCGGUGGUGGGCGACGACGACCCGCGCAGGGGCCUCGGGUGGAUCGUCCGCGACCACCGCGACGGCCGCUUCCUCCUCGACCGCGUCGCCUCCCUCGACGACAACGUGUUCCCGGAGCUCGCCGUGUGCGACCCCCUCUCCCGCCGCUACGUCGUCCUCCCGCCCAUCCCGCGCGAGCUCGCCGCCGCCGUCGACAGGCCGCUCGGCGUCAUCGGCGGCCGCCGCCGGUGCGAGCCCUUCCUCGCGCCGUGCGACGCCGACGCCGACGCCGACGCCGAGUCAGAGCCCGCGUUCGCCGUGAUAUGGACGGCGCGUUGCCCGAGGAAGGUGGUGGCGUUCGCCUUCGCGUCGCGCGACGGGCGGUGGCGCGCGCUCCCGUCGCCGGAGUGCUUCGUGUGGAGCAGGCACCGCUCGCCGUUCGGCUGCCCGGUGCACGCCGUGUGGAACCGGCGGUUCUACGCGCACGGCUGCUUCUACUGGCUCGACUGCCUCACCCACCGGUGGCUGGUGCUCGACACGCGCGCCAUGGAGAUCACCGUCAAGCAGAUCCCGUCCCCGGCGUGCUACUGGGAGGAGCACGUCGCCGUCGUCGAGGGAGAAGACGGCAAGGUCGGCGUGUUCGCGCACGACUUCUACCGCGCCGGCGGCGAGGCGUGCCUCUACUACUACACCAUCGUCGACGGCGGCGAUGGCCCGCGGUGGCGGCUGGAGCGGACGGUGCCGUUGCCGUGGCCGGCGGCGCACGGCCGGCCGUACAGCAUCCGCGCCGCCGCCAACGGGAGCCUGAUCCUCGAGGUCAGCCAUGGCACGCCGGCGUUCAUGACGAGCUACCGGAGCAGGGACGUCGAGCUGUACAGGAUCGACGUCAAGAGCUUCGAGCUGGAGAUGAUCUGCCGCGCGCGGUGCGCCGCCGGCGACAUCGCCUGGGCAUACUUCGGCUUCCCGCCAUUGCUGUCCUUGCCAACCGUCUGAACAACAAAAUCCCAAACAUUCUCUGUGUGUGUGUGUGUGUCUAUAUAUAUAUAUAUAUAUAUAUAUAUAUAUAUAUAUAUAUAUAUAUAUAUAUAUCUCAUAAAUGGAAGGAUCAGUUCUCAUAUAUACUAAUAUAGUUGAAGGAAACAAAUUACACCAAAAUUAACCACAAGCAUCAUGUACAGUUUGUAUCUGAUAUGUAUUUAAACAACAGUUUGUAUGGAUAUAGUUUCCAAAAACAAAA